AAUUUAAAACUAAUAUUUAAAGAGAUAUUUUAAGGUCAAGUGGAGCUGAAUUCGUUUUUACCGCAGUACUCAAGGUACAAUAGAAAUACUCGGUACCAAAUUUACAGCGCCAUAUAGAUAUCGUAACGAAUAAAUCGAGAUUUCUAACCUAAGUUGCGGCGAUACUUUAUGGCCAUUAGAACAAUCUAACGGCAGACAAACGCCCGAUUCGUUAUUAGACUAAUUCGAAUCCUCGUGUUUAUAACUUGCUCCAAUUGUCGGCGAGUACUUCGAGUGCACAAAUCGGGCGUAAAGAACUCCUCGCCCCAGAAAUGAGAGGCCAGUAUCUGCCCUAAGAACAACAGCGUGAUUAGUCAUUGCUGAUUGCAGUAUGCAGAUAAUUUGUUAACGAUAUUGCGCAGUUGCAGUGCAAUUGUGAAGCAGACCUCGAUUACGCCGACUCAUCUACGAGCAGUGAAGAAUUUUCGAAAGCUCUCCCACCGACCUGGAGGUGACGGAGGUACAUCUUGUGCGGAGGGAUAAGCCAACGCAUAUAUCUACAAAAAGGGGCUUGAACUGCAGAAGUUAUCGGAGAAGGAUAUAAGAUCGGAGGGAUGCCCAAGCGGACCAGGGGGCCUGUCAGGGUUCAGCCGCGACGUCGAACGCGUGGCGGCGUCGCUCGCCGGGAGAGGCGAGACCGCACACAACUGAAAGACGCUCUUAGGGCUGUCCAAACACGAGAGCAGACCUCCCAAGUUCUCGGACCAGUGGAGGAAGUCCCAGAUGUCGUUGAAAGUGUCGAGAGUUCCAAUGAUUUGGAUUUGAAGCAUCUUGUGCAAGCCGAGCAGUGGAAUCCAAGAAUUAGGACAAGAUCCUGCAAAGAAACCGUAACAGAAGAACCAUCUCCAAGUAGGAAGAGAUCAAAGCGUGUUCUGCAUGAAGUUGAAGCUUUGAGUCUUUCCUCAAGGAGGUCAAUCAGUCCUCAGAAGGGUGUAGAAGACCUACAUUCUUCUGGUUCAGGAUGCCCAGUCUCAAAGACAGUGUGCACCGUGCAACUACCCAAAGAGUCUACUGUGGGAAUUUUAUUUCCAAGUAGAAUCGAGCCUGCCUUAUCGACCUCUGAAAAUUACAAUUUCUCGUCUGCUAUCUUAUCGGUCAAUUCGGAAACAGAUGAUCAAGAUUCUGUUUCUUGGAGUCACGAAAGCAACGUCUCGGAGUCGUUCUCCAAUCGAAUCAGUCCUGAAAAAUUAACUCCGACACCUGAAAGGACACAGGUGGAAGUUUCGAAUCCUGAUGAUGAUAAAAAACAGGAAAAUUAUGAAGAUCGGUCACUCGAAGCCACCUACGUUCCCUCUCCGAUUCGAGCUUUGGCUCGAUUUUUCGAUGGCUACAUUAUACGUCGGUGGAGAGGGUUCUUCGGAAAAAAUCCUGAAACAAAUUCGUGACGUGGAUCAAUAAUUAGAUUACCUAGAGGGAUAUUAUAAGUACUUUAAAAAUGACUUGAAUAAGUUUUAAACUUUAGGCAUAUGAAAUUUAUCCCCUAGUUAUGACUAAAGGGAAUCGUAAAGUGUAUUGAGGAGGAGAAACGACAGUUUGCAUGAUUAAAAAAUUGUAGUCUACUUAUGAUAUAGCACGGUAAUCGGAUAGAUUUUAUACAACUCUAUUAGGAUAAAUAUCAGUACAAAAAUAGUGUACACAGUGACGUAGGGUACAAACUGACAUACCUUGGAAUGUAUUGUGUGCUCGAAGAAUCACUACUAAUCAUGUUCAAGUGCAACGAACCUGAAGAUAUUUAAAAAUAUUUUAAAUCACGGAGUAUAUUUACUGUAACUGUAGUUAUUAACUCCGGUUUUAUACAAAAGACGAAGGUAUAUUUGGAAAGCGGCGUUUCCAGCAGAAAUAAAAUAAAGAAGACAAGUCCGUCGUUCUUUGUAUCAGUCCUAUCAGUUUUAUUCUUAAUUAUUGAAAAUGUACGAUAUUUUAUGUUCCAUGUCAUGAAUUGUACAUACAUAUUCUUAAAGUUUAGCAUUUCCGGUAACGAAAUCGUGUCUAGCUAGUACAUAGAAGAAUUAGGACACGAGUGAACUAUCUUCUCAUUUGCUUCCGGAAUUGCAUAUAUAUUUUUUUUAUCGGAGCCGAGCGUUUUAUCGAAUCUCUCCAUUCCACAUAUACCGGUCGCAAUGGACGGACACGUUUUAUUUUUCCUUACGUUCGUCUUUUUGGCAAUUACUGCCACUUCGGAGAGUCUGAGAAGGCAAAAACGAAUUGUUGGAGGGAUUCAAUCGGCUCCGCCACCUGAAGACGACCCAGUUGUAUUUGUUAAUAGAAAUAAUCGGAAUGCUCGCGUUAUCGGAACACGCGACCCUAAAAAGGGAUUCUACGUAUUUCGAGGAAUUAGAUUCGGAGAGCCUCCAGUUGGUCGCAGUAGAUUUCAGAGACCCAGGCCAGUGCGUCUUGAGGGAGAGUACAAUGCAACUUCAUGGGGUCCUCCGUGCCCUCAACCGAGUCCUGAAGACAGUGACCAAGUCAUAGGAGUCGAAGAUUGCCUUUACUUAAAUGUUUUCACACCUGCUUUACCAGAUGCCGGUGAUGGAUAUCCAGUUCUGAUCUGGAUCCACGGAGGGGGUUUUCGAAUAGGAGCUGCUUGUCAGUAUGAAAUGAGGAACCUUAUAAAGAAGAAAAUGGUCGUUGUGUCUAUUCAGUACAGAUUGGGAUCGCUGGGUUUUUUAAGCACUGGCACGAAGGAACUGCCAGGCAACAAUGGGAUGUUUGACAUGGUACUUGCUGUAGACUGGGUGAAAAACUACAUCGGCUACUUUGGUGGGGACCCAAAGAAGAUCGUAGCAAUUGGGCAUGGUAGCGGGGCUGCUUCUGCACUCAUGCUCUCCUUAUCAAAAUUAACAAAGAGUUAUUUCAGUGGACUGAUCGCCAUGUCUGGCUCUGUUCUCUCUCAUUUUGCUGUUGAUAAGGAUCCACUGAGCACCGCCAAGACCAUUGCAAGUUCAAAUGGAUGUCCCAUCGAGGAUGUUCCCGAAAUGGUGCGUUGUUUGCAGGAAUUACCAGUGGAGAAACUUGUAGCAGUUGAAUCGAGGCUUGCACGUCUCAAAUCCGCCGCUCAAGGAUUUAUUUCAGGAAUCUCCAAUCUCUUGGGUCCUGGACCUGUCAUCGAAGGCAGCGAUGACAACAGGUACUUGCCUAAUUUUAUGUCGGAGACUCCAGAGUCUGCCUUAAAACUGGGCAAUUUUCCGAAAAUUCCACUAUUAACCGGAGUCGUUAAAGACGAGACUGGCGGCGCAAUAACUGGAAAAUAUAAGAAAGAGAUCGAAGGCAAACUGCAGACUGUCAAAAAUUUCUUGAAUAAGGAUUUGGUGGAAUCUCUUCAGAGUAAAAUCCCUGUUUUCGGAAACCAGACCCAGCGAUUCGUCCCUGAAGAAUUUGGGAGAUAUUUGGAAACUCUUGGUUUUAACGGAAAUGGCAAAGACGUUCGCAAAGUGGCGGGGAUGAUGGACGACGCACUUUUCAACGCUCCAGCAUUCUUGACUGCGCAGCACUGGUCGAACAAAGCCAAAGCCUUUCUUUACAGUUUCGAUCAUCAGGGUAAGCGACAUUACGGGAAGAAUUUCCUGGCAGGUCUACCUAUUAUUGACGCAAAGAAUCCGGACGAUGAUACCACAGGGCAUGGAGAUGAUUUAGGAUACGUAUUUGAUCGUAAUACUAUUUUUGGGAAAGAAAUCCCUGACGACCCUAAGGACGAAGAGGAUGACAAAGUCACCGAAGCAUUUACUGACAUGGUGGCGAACUUUGCUCGCAGUGGAGAUAUAUCGUCCCCUGCUACAAAAGCUCAAAAUUUAAUCUCUGCCUUCUCUCCAACCGACAAUUCAUUUGUUAGCAUCACAUCGAAGCCUGAAUCACAGAAGAAUUUCAGGUACUGCGAAAUGGCACUAUGGACUGGUCUUACGGAACGAUUGCAGUCCACUUCGUGCAACCUUUAUAAGAUCACUGUCGACACGGUUAAAGAAUUGGCGAAAGGCGCAGAACAAAUUGUCGAUGUUGUAGAAUCACCUGUCACAGGAAUUGGAAACGUCGUCAAUGGCUUCGUACCUGCCAAAUCACUUGCUAAGGAAAAUGCAGGAAACCAGGAAAAGCAAUUAGUCAACGUGCCUGAAUCGAAGCUAAUAAAACCAUUGAUACCCAAAUUAACUGGGCUUGGACUAUUUGGAUGAAGAUGUAGUUUAGUUUUUUUUUACUACAAUACUUGAAGUAUAUCAUUUUUAAAUUGAAGUUAUAAUUAUCUUUGUAACGUGACA